CUCCGCCACGCCCCUCUCUAUGCAUCCCUGUGUCACGUUGCGUGGAACUGAUACGUGGGCAAUUGCAUUCUAAAUAUUAGAGCUCUCUUUUCCAAGGAGCAAGAUACACUCGCGUAUCCUUUUGGAGAGUACCUACUCGCAAAAGCCUCCCACUCAUUGCAACCGGCCGCCGCCUUAUCAUCAUCAUGGGUCGUCGAGCGGAACCCGUGCUUCCAUUCACUAAGCCCAAGUCCAAGCCCGGUCAAGCCGGACGUCAGGCCAGCCCGUCGCCUCCCUCGUCGCCCAAGUUGACGCCCCGGAAGGUUAUCCUCGUCAUAUUUCUAUCGUUGUUGGGUCUCAGCCUGUUGCACCGACCCGUCACUCACUGCUACAAUGGAUUCCCAAAGUAUGGCCAUGGCCAGGGCCUCUUGACACCCGAGGAGCGCGCGCGUAACAUUCUCGCGACCACCCCUUUGAUAGAUGGUCAUGUUGACUUCCCCGUGCUUCUGCGCGCCUUCUUUGGUAACCACAUCUAUCAUGAGAACUUCACCAAGCCCUUUGAGCAAGGCGACCUUCCCGGUCACGUUGACCUCCAGCGCCUCCGCCUCGGCCAGAGCGGCGGCGCAUUCUGGAGCCUCUUCGCUCCCUGCCCCGAGAAUGGCACUGACUUCUCCGAUGAGAACUACGCCACUAGCGUUCAAUUCACCCUUAAUCAAAUCGACGUCAUGACGAGGGUGCAGGAGGCCUACCCAGAUGACUUCUCUCAGAAAGUCAACAGUGCUACCGCUGUGGAGGCUUUCAAGCAGGGCAAGUUCAUCUCCCCUCUCGGUAUCGAGGGCCUGCACCAGAUUGGCAAUUCCGUCACCAACCUCCGCAAGUUCCAUGAACUCGGCGCCCGCUACGCUACCCUCACGCAUAACUGCCACAACAAGUUUGCUGAUGCUGCGAUCCUGGAGAACCCUACGCGCAAGGCCGAGCCGCUCUGGGGCGGCGUCAGCCCUCUUGGCCGUCGUGUAAUCCACGAGAUGAACCGCAUCGGCAUGAUUGUUGACCUCUCCCAUGUUAGUGAGGACACAAUGCUCGACGUCUUGGGCAACAAAAGCGACUGGGCCGGAUCUAAGGCACCCAUUAUCUUCUCCCACAGCUCGGCUUAUAGCGUCUGUCCUCAUCCCCGUAACGUCAAGGACCACGUCCUCCAGCUUGUGAAGGAGCGCAACUCCAUUGUCAUGGUCAACAUCGCUCCCGAUUUCAUCUCUUGUGUUGAUGCCGGCAACGAAAACGGCCUCCCUGACUUUGUCCCCGCCAACUCGACGCUGGCUCAUGCCGCCCGGCACAUCCUCUACAUCGGCAACCUCAUCGGCUACGACCAUGUUGGAAUCGGCACCGACUUCGACGGAAUCCCGAGCGUGCCCGUGGGACUGGAGGAUGUUUCCAAGUACCCAGACCUGAUCGCCGAGCUACUAAGACAGGGCGUGAGCAACGAGGACGCCGCCAAGGUCGCAGGCGGGAACGUCCUCCGGGUUUGGAAGGAUGUGGAUGCGGUGGCGGCUCAAUUGCAGGCGGAUCGAGAGCUGCCCAUGGAGGACGACCUGGCGCCGCUCUGGUUUCAGGAAAGGCAGGAUUAGAGUGAAUCUGUCAG